AUGCUUUUCAAGCCGCUCGCCCUUGCAGCGACCGCCGCUGCUGUGCUCAUCGUCCCAGAGACCUCUGACAAGGACGACAGCAUCUUCCGCACUCUUCCCAUAGAGGUCGACACUUUCGAGAUUCCCGAGACCGCCUAUGGCCAGGUCGUCGACGUCCCUUGCCUUCAGUGCCGCGGCCAUAAUAGCCAGCUCGAACUCAAUUUCGGCAUUCAAGACCGUCGCCUGGUAUUAAACGGUUUCGAACUCUAUCCUCACGCCGACCCUUGGAAUGGAGACCUGUCGGCUGCUGUUAUCAAGGCCAACGGCAAGAGCGAUAUGCGACGGUUGGGAUACGGUUUGGCUAUUCGACCUGAAGGAGUCGAUGAGGAUCAACAUCUCGAGGUUGUCAAUGUCGAAGUUAGGAUCAUCGAAGUCGGCGACCGUUUCGUCGAUGGUGUCCCUCCUGUCAUAGUAAAGCUCAUCAAGGCUCCUGUUGGCGAGAUCAUCAUCGGAAGCAUCGAGGUCAAGGGUGAUGGCGAGAAGGCACCAGAGGACUGUGAUAUGUGGUGCCGCGCCAAGGGUAUGGUCCACGAUACCUGGAAGGAUGUCAAGGGCAAGUUCAAGGGCAAGGGUUGCCUUGGAAUGAAGGGUAAGGGUAAGGGACAUGGUCACGGUCGCAAGCCCCAUCACGGUCAUGGUAAGGGUGAGAACAAACCUACCGACAACUUCAAGCAAGGUCCUCUCGUCAACAAGGCCCCCGAACAGUCGUGGAGUGAUGUUUUCACACACGUCACGGCAUAUAUUAUCAUCCCUGUCCUUAUGGGUGUUGCUGCCGGUGUUGGAGUUGCAUUCUUCACCAUGUUCCUUUGUGCCAUGGUCCUCCGCGUGAUCCGCAUGUUCAAGGGCGAGUCCGCCGAGCCCGAGUCAGAGUUUGCCCCUGGUGCUGCUCACAAGGCCGCCAUCGCCGAGAUGCUUGUUGAAGACGAGAAGUCCGGUCUUAUGGUCGAUGAGGAAGCUCUUCCCCAGUACGAGCCACGCAACUAG